AUGUGGGCGCGGGCGUUCGUCGGACUUUUGUACGCUGCCGAUGCGGAUAUUCUGCUCACGGGCUACAACCCUUGGGGCAACUUCUCGAGCAACCCCUCGGGGGACGUGGCAGUGCUGCUGAACGGCAGCCGGGUGCAGAAUGUGAUGAUCCGCAGCGUUCGUGUGGACGUGUCCGAGGAGGGUGUCCUGGAGGCGCAGGGCUACGUAUCGGAGGUGGGCUGGGAUGCCAUCGUGCACCUGGGCUUCGAGAACGUGGCCAAGGGCUUGAAGUUGGAGACGGUGGCCUGGAACAAUCGGGCUCUGAACCGGGGCCCGGUGGCUCCUGAGGGGCCCCAGUUCUUGCCGACCACUGGAGACCUGGGGGCGGUGGCUUUGAACACCCACAACCCCCACGAGCUUUGGAGCCGCGAUGCGGGGGACUUCUUCUGCAACGAAAUCUACUACCGCACUCUCUACAAGAUCCGCCAGGAGAAGUGGCGGCGCUGCAAGGGGGCGUUGGUGCCCAGCAUCUUCAUCCACGUGCCCCCGGUGCAGCAGCUGCCGUUGGAGGAGUCCGCGGAAUUCGUGAAGAGCCUGCUGGGUGACCUGGUGCACGCGUCAGGCUGUCCUGGGCAAUCCUCGCUGCGAAGGUGGUGGCAUGCAUAUGGCUAG